AACAAGGGCCCAGUUUCAAACUUGUGUGUGUGUAGUUUUAGCAUCUCUGAAAACGGUGUAGAGAUUCUCCACACAGAUCAGGCCAGAGCAGACCACAGUUUCAGAUUGGUUUUCAGAGACGGCGCAAAUCUCAUUUGCUGCCUUUACCGUCUACUAAAAGCAGCUUUCUCUCCCAACUGGGUUCCCAGAUCCGUUUCUCACACUCACUGCACUCACAACAAACUUUUGCUCUCUUCCGUGGUGGUUUCGGUUUGGUUGUGAUCAACAGUUAGUUUUUUUUCACCAACACUUUCCCCCAAGGUAGGUACACAAUAAUCUCAAGGCUCGCCAAGGCAUAAACAAAGUCUGAAGCGGCCCAAUUCUGACCAUAACCAUUGUUCCGAGACAGAUGAUAAAUUUAAAAGUGGGUAAAGCAGGGAAAGGCUUCUGUGACGAGAUUUCUUCUCCUGGGCGAAGUAUCAGCGUCAAUUUUAUCUCUUGCUACUCGCUCUUUGUGAACAUAACGUUUUAGUGGGAUCCCAGUUGAUCCCUUAAACUUACAUUUGCGUCAAGUGUCAGAUUCUGCUGCAGCAGGAGCAGCUCGUUGUCAACUGCUUGUACUAUUUUAUAACCUCGUGGACGGUUUUUGUGAUUGUGUGACUCGGUGGAAUUUGCAUUGCAACAUCGAUCUACUAUGGUCUGGGAACACGUUACAAUAUACCUGAAUUGGACCCUGUAGUCGCCCCGUCGUUAGAUUUAAGCCAGAGAAAACGAGAAAGAAAGGGAUUUUGUGAGGAGGGAGAAAGAUAAACCGAAAAAAAAGUUGUUCAUCGCGCAACCAUCGCAUUACCCGUCAGUCAGACUCGUCUCACAGAAGAAGUGAGAGAGCAGGGAACAGUUAUCUUUCAGUUCAUGACAUUUGUAACUUUUCCCAAAUUCUGUCUCGGCUUAACGAGGAGAGAGGAGUAGUAGGAGACGAGGCCGGAAGUGAGGUUUCUGUUAGAAAAAUGAAUUAAUAAAUCCCGUCAUUUUCACCAUUAUCACACCAUUCUAGUAGCAAACUUUGCGUUCGUGAUGUCAGUUUGCAUGCGUAAUUGAUGGACGAGAUACGUGGCGAGGUGCUAAUUAAAUUUCCAGGUGUGGUUUGACUCUAGAAACAGCAGUGAUAGAUAGAUAGGUUGCAAAUGGUGUAUCGCUAUUAAGAGGUACCACUUAUCUUGUUCACUCACUACAACAUUUUCGACAACACCCAUGUCGAAGUCGACGAAUCUGGCGACCAAGGCGAAAAAUGUGUUUCUCAAGAAGGGCAGUGGGCCUAAGAGGAAGGAAGGCGGCGGAGGUGGGGGUGAUGCCAUGUUCGGGGCGAAAAAGAAAGAGGAUGAAGUUGACGAAUUAACUCUACACGUGGCUCGAUAUCGUCCCGAAGAGCUGAGUAAGUUGGCCAAGAACACAAAAUUCUCACGGAAGGAGAUCCAGUUAAUCUACCGCGGUUUCAAGCAGGAAUGUCCAACCGGCCUUGUUGAUGAGGACGCGUUCAAGGAUAUCUUCGCCCAGUUCUUCCCACAGGGGGAUGCUACCCAAUAUGCCCACUAUGUCUUCAACACUCUCACCAAGAAUUCCUCUGGCCAAAUUAGUUUCGAGGAAUUUCUCGGAAUUCUUUCCAAAGUGUCGCGAGGUACGAUGCAGGAAAAGCUUCACUGGGUCUUUGGGCUGUACGACUUAAACGGUGAUGGACUUAUUACCAAGAAGGAGAUGCUUGACGUGGUGACCAGCAUUUACGAAAUGUUGGGACACAAUACGGAACCCCAAGUGGAGGAACACUCUGCCAAGGACCACGUCGAGAGGAUAUUUCAUCAAAUUGAUCUCAACAAGGACGGCGUCGUCACAAUCGAUGAGUUGGUUGAAUGGUGCUCCAGAGACCAGACGAUACUUCAAUCGUUCGAGAUGUUGGACACCGUGUUGUGAUUCCGCUUUCGACAAGGAAAAUCGCUCACUCAUCGAAAUCCAAUCUAAUAUCGUUCUGAAUUUACACGAUUACUAAUAUUUAAAAAAACUUGUAAAAAAAAACUUCAUGUCUUGAUGAGCUAUGUUCGAUUUUAUUAGUGAUUUUAUUGCGAUGAUGAACAAAUAGUCAUCGCCAUUUGUAGUGUUGUCUGAUAGUAAAUAUAAUGAGACGCGACCUGCUGUAAAAGCCACAUAUAAAGACAACGUGGGACUUUAAUAAUAAUUUAAUAGUUAGUAAAGCGUCACCAUUUCAAAAACUUACUCCUCUCAAACACCUUCCCAAAAACAAUAACUAGCUGUAAUUGGAACGAGUUGGUUUAAAACUCGUUUGGUCACCCGAUAUAUAAUUUACUACGAUAUGCAUUUGUAUUUCGGUUACAGUAUUGUCCGUGGGUUUAAACAUUUCACCCAAGAAAAGUAGAGUAAUUUGUACUGCAUGUACGAAAAGUAGAAAGUAGAAAGUUUAGCAUAUCGUUGAAUUUAUAUAUCGAUAAAAUAAGUGAUUCGUGUCUAUAUCUUGAAAGUGAUACGUGGCAGACAAUGUUGUAUUUUCUUUGUAAUAUAUUAUGUUAAGUAAGGUCAUUCCUUAAAGUAAGCUACACGUAUCGCUUAGUGUGUGUGAUCUUGAGAAAUUCAUAACCCCGUACCAAUUUAAAACUUGAACCUAUAACUAUUAAACUUUACCUUGUCUAUGUAUCUUUGUAACACACGAUCCACGCAUGCUACCGUCUGUUGACAUAAUAAAAGCAUUGCUACAACAG